AUGGCCAAGUUGGUGCUGGCAGGUAAGGCAGACUGCCCUUACUAUGCCAAAGCUGAACAACUGGCUGAUUAUCUUCAGGCUAACUUGCCAGACUUCAGGGUUCACAAGAUCACUCAGCACCCUGACAAAUGGGAGCAGUGGCUUCAUGACAUUUGUGAAAAGAACGGAUGGGAACACAGGCGGUCUCCUAUCAUUUGGAGAGAACUGUUGGACCGUGGAGGGAAGGGUCUGCUUCUGGGAGGAGUUAAUGAUUUUCUGCAAUAUGCUCAGCACUAUUACGGCAUCACGUCAAUGAUGUUGAGUGAGGAAAUGUUAGACAUUGCUGAGGAGAACCUGCAGGCGCAUAUUGAAAUUGAAAAAGAGGAGGAAGAAAUUGAAAGUCUUAUCAAGCCUUUGCAGAUCUGGAUCACCAGUGCAUCCGCUCCAAUCUGUUAUCAGCUGAUCCCUCUGUUGGCAAAUGGAGAAGUGUUUGGGAUGACCACAGAAAUCAGUAUCCAUUUGCUUGACACUGACCAGUUUAAGGAAGUUCUUUGCAGUAUUGUAAUGGAAGCUGAAGACAUGGCGUUCCCACUCCUCCGCAGUAUUUCAGAGCACACUGAAAUAGACGAGGCUUUUAUUCAAGCUGAUAUUAUCAUAGUUCUUGAUGAUGUCCUCUUAAACCGUGAAGUCCAGUCCCUUGAGAACUACAUCAGAGAAGUGAGUGAGAUCUGUCAAGUGUAUGCUCCCCUGAUUGAGAAGAAUGCCAAGAGUGAGGUCAGAGUAAUUUCAUCAGGAAAAACCUUUGUAAACCUUAAGGCGAUGAUGAUUAUGACAUACGGCCCGUCCAUUAAGCCUGAAAAUGUCAUUGCCAUUGCAACAUCCUGGGAAAGUGCAGCUAAAGCCAUGCUGGCCAGGAAACUGAAUAUGAAUGCAGCAGGAGUUAAAGACGUGAUUGUCUGGGGCAAUAUUACUGGCUGUAACUACAUUGAUUUGUCACAUGCAAAACUUUAUGGAUAUGAAUGUGCUAUUUGGGGCCCAGCUAAUUUUCCACGUCCUUUGUUGAGUAUGAUUUAUGAUAGCGAAUGGAUCCAUUCAGAAUUUCUAUCUGCACAGAGUUCACUGUGUUCCCGGGUCUGUCAUUGUGUAGGAAUGUUACCUGCUCAUGCAAUAGCCACUGUACUGAGAUACUGGUAUCAUGGCUCUCCUCCUGGGGAGAUCGUUUCUGUGGGAAUACUUACUAAAGGUCAAUUUUGCGUUCCUGAAGGAAUUGUCUUCUCUAUGCCAGUGAGGUUCCAGAAUGGUAACUGGGAAGUCAUGACAGAAUUAGAAAUUAAUGAAACAACCCAAGAAGUUCUGGGAUGCUUAGCCCAUGAGCUGAUUCAGGAAAAGCUCAUUGCACUAAGGGAAAUAAAUGAAAUGCGUCCGUAUGGAGCUGAUAAAAUCACCAGUAGAAAAUAUUUGCGUCAAGGCAUUUGUUGUGAACAGCAUUCAUUUAAAAGGAAAACCUUUAGAACUGUGUCUUGA